ACUCCGUCGAUGUAACGAGUCAAAAGGUAAGUUCGAGUGUUGUAUGAGAAGCAACAUGAGAAGGUCGAGAAAUCCAACUUCAUCAUCAGCGAGUCAGGCCAGCAGCUUAGCAACUGGUUCUUCAAACAACAGCAAUAAUGGGAACACAGUUCCUUCCCUACUCAAGGAACUUCAUGCUCUUGUGCUACAAAUCCAGGAACAACGAACACAAAGUGAACAAAACCUAUCAACCAUUGCAAAAACUCAUGAGAAGAUGAAGACAGAAGUUAAAGUAUCAUCUUAUUUUAAAUCUAAGCUGAGAGGCUUGUACAAAACAGCGGGAACUGAUGCAGAGACAGAAGUAGAGAUAAUCAAAAAGGCUUUGGACAAAAUAGCAAGCAUCAAGGCACUGAGAAAUGACAGAAGAAUUGUGCGUGGUGGUAGCAGCCGACUUGGUAAUCAGGAAACAGGAGAACCAAGAAAAGUAAUGAGGCGAGGAGUUCUAAUGACAAUGUUACAGCAAGCUGCACUGCAGUUACCAAUGUGGAUGGGGAAAGCCUCUGAAACGCCCCCUCCUCUUUGUGGUUGCAUUCAAGCAGAACCUAAUUAUGUCGCCCAGCAAGGAGAUCAUGUUGCUGCGCGUGUGCGCACUCCUGACGGCGAAGAACAGUUGAUCCUAGCGGAAAUAGUGUCAUUUAAUCCCUCGUCAAAUAAAUACGAUGUUGACGAUAUCGACGAAGAGGCUGGGAGAAACGGCAAAGAACGUCAUCAUCUGAGCCGAAGACGUGUGAUACCGCUGCCCAAGAUGAAGGCUAACCCGGUGACCCACCCUCAAGCUCUCUUUCAAGCAGAUCAGAUUGUGAUGGCGCUGUACCCACAAACCACAUGUUUUUACAAGGCGGUCAUUUACGAGCCUCCUUCAAGGCCUCAGGAUGACUAUUCUGUGUCAUUUGAAGAUACUUCCUAUGCUGAUGGCUUCGCUCCUCCUCUAAAUGUGCCACAGCGAUAUGUGGUGGCGUCCAAAGAGACGAAGAAAAGAUAGCGUUGCAGACCUUCUUUGUGAAUUUACACUUGGGUCUUAACGAUAAGGGUAUCCUUGGUGCCCUAAAAAAUUGGCGCUUUUGGAAGAUUACCAGCUUAUCCCUUAUAAGGUUUUCUGGCUUAUGGCAAGCCGGCUUGGAUCUGAGGACUUGAGAAUUUGUAAUUUUUCGUGUCGUGUUCAAGAACUUUUCAAAAGCAAAUAACCCCCUCAUUCCUAAGAGUGACUGGCAUCUCAUUUCUCCUCACACGAUCACUAGUGAAUCAAACGUUAAGGUCAUGAAAAUAAAGGAAACAAUCACCAACGAAA